AUGACGAUGGCUGGGGAUCGAGGGGAGACGUCGCGCACGCUGUUUUCUGCCCAAAUCCUCGUCUUUGUCGUCGUCGGGCUGUUUGGCAAUUUGAAUAUACUGUAUGCGACGUAUCAGCACGAGCGGUUGAGGACCAAGAAUGGCAUUUUCCUUGCCCAACUCGCCGUGCUCCACAUUAUCGCCCUGGUUUUCGAGCUGAACAACGCCUACUACGAAUAUUUUGCGAUUCCCGUGGUCAGGGAUGAGUGUUUUAAGAAAAUGACUCCGUUGAUGCUGGUGCAUGGGUGGCAGGGCUCGAUGUAUUUUGUGAUGGCGGUCAACUUUUUGUAUUCGGUCUUGAAGCCGUUAAAAUACCGCUUCAUCGAGACUUAUCGCUACUGCCUCUGGCUAAACCUCCCAUCGAUUGCGUAUACGUUGGCGCUCUACACGUGGUCAUAUUUCUCCAUGAACGAUGACAUCAUUCCGUUCUGCAACCCUCCACUCGCCUACCCGACCAUCAUAUCAAAAGUAAAUGCAAUGAGCCAGCUGCUGUUGACCCUAUUUGCAUUUGGGUGCUUUAUCGGCGCGUAUGCAACGGUCAAAUAUAAAGACUUGGUCGAUAUUGGCAAGCAGUGUCCGCCCUGUUGUUUCCAGGGAAGUCCAUUGAAGAAGACGACCUGUGUCGGAUGCCAUUUUGCCCGUGCCCUCGUCCUCCUCACCGUGGUCAGCGGGUUCGCCUGGCUAUGCCUGCAUUUUAUGGUUUUCUCGGCAUAUUUCUGGACGGACAAUCGGCUCUACCAGGGAUAUAUUCAGAGCUAUGCAGUAAUCUUUGCGCUGAUCUGCUACACGCAAGACUAUUUCAUCUUCUAUUGCCGCUCGGAGCUCUACCGAUCCGCGUUCCAGCUGCAGAUCAACAAACUGUUGUGCUGGGAGGUCUUUGAUGUGAAGCGUCUCCAUUCGACAUCCGAACAACAGCGGAGGGCCAAUUCCGAGAAGUUACUCGGCUCUCAACGUUCCAGCACUGCCAUAACGGCAUCCUCAAAC